CAGCCAAAACAACAAAGCUUGCAGUUGUCUUUUGGAUUUCAUUGUGAAAAGCCUUUGGGUAGUUUUCAGAUGACAGAAGAUCCUUGGUUCCUGAAAGGGAGGAGUUCUGCCAGAACUUUGAAGAUCCCUGUAAACUUUGCAAAUUACCCAUCUUUUGGAGACAAUUAUAUCAAACGAUAUUGUGGAUUACAAUACAUGAGAAGUGUUUCGAGCCUGGAAGAUUAUUUAUGUUUGGCAUUAGCUCUUAUGGUCAUAAUUUCAAGUGGAGAGAAAAGGAAUACACAGGAACCCUCUUAUUAUCUUUUGAAAUAUGAAGAUCAGAGGAAAAGAAGGGUUUAAAGUGUGGAGUGAUGGUCCUCAAAACCUGUCUGUAAAUUAGCUGGCAUCCUGCAUCUAUAAAAACAACAAGACUUUGAGCUGAUUUCCAGGCACAGAGUGGACCUCAUGAGUUGUUAGCGGUGCUUUGAGAUCUGAAUUUUUAUACGCCGCAGGAGGAGGAAAUUGCAGCCUGCGGGGCAGAGUACCUAUACAAAUGUUUCCUCCUUGCUUGGACUGAUAGAAGAUUUGGAAGCCAAAUUCAGGAACUGACAUUCCACUGGUGAGGAAAAAAAAGAAGCAUGGACAUCAAUAAAGAUGAUGACGGACUAUUGAACAGGAUUGCAUUUCCAGGAGCUAUGUCCCUGACUAACACUCAUGUGCAUCCCCAUGGGGUGCCCCUGAGAGAGUCCUUUGGGGUUCCCUUCCAUCUGGACCCAUCUUACUGGGAGCAAGCCUACAGUGGGCAUGCAGGUCGCAUCUCCUACAUCCCAUUCCCUGGCUACGUGGGUGUCUAUGACUAUUCGUUUGAGCCUGCGUUCAUUCGAAAGAGGAACGAGAGGGAAAGGCAGAGGGUGCGCUGUGUGAAUGAGGGCUACACACGCCUGAGAGAGCACCUGCCCAAGGAAUUUGCUGACAAGCGCCUCAGCAAAGUGGAGACCCUGAGAGCAGCAAUAAGCUACAUCAAACACCUGCAAAGCUUGCUGGACUGCCAUCCCUUAGGGUCUAACAGUAAGGAAACGCUCUCUGCCAAGGAGCUCCCAGAAGCUCGAAGUCCUGGUCCCCCACGGGAGUGCAACAGUGAUGGAGAGUCUAAAACCUCUUCAGCUUCAUCCCCCUACAGUGAAUUUGAGGAGACAGGCAGCUAGGAAACAGCCUCUCUGGAGACAGAAACCUUCAAGCUCGGUUGAAAACCAAAUCUAAAACCCUGGGGAUUUUUCUGCAGUUGAAAAUGAAUACCAGGAAAAGGGAAAACAGCUAGGGGGAAAAAAAAAGGUAUUUUCAAUCUGUCAAAGGACUUUAAAUGUUGAUUGUACAAAAUCUGAAGCUAAGGAAACAGUUAUCUCUGAGGUUGCUUCAGCUAUGUUACUAAACUUUAUUUGGAUUGUUAAAAAUGAAGCAACUUUUGUAUUCUAGUUUUCAUUCAGCUUUUAUUCUGUUCAUCUAUUUUCUUUUGCCUUUCACUCAAUGAGACAGCAAAACCAGAUAAACCUAUUUCAGGAAAUCCCUCUCCCCUUUCUCCUGCUUCCUCCUGUAAGUUUUAUUGUCUGUUUUUCCUGACUGCUAACCUGAGAUGCACUAGAUUGCAAACACAUGGACUGGGAAAGAUAAGAUUUAGAUAAAAUGUCUUUCCCUAAAAUUUUUAGAAAACUCACAGAAAUACUUCUAUUUCUGAAAAGACAAAUUUUUAAUAUAAAUAAGGCUAUAUUUGGGAAUGAAUUUCUUUUACAGAAUCUUCUAAAGUGAAAGAAGCAACUCAUACAUUGGGCACUGGCUAUUUGGUGAUUAUUCGAAGGAUAAUUUUCAGGGAAAGAAAAUCUAACACUUUCAUUCUAAUAAAUGCUAGGAAGAAGGAAACAGGGUUCUGUAAGACUGCAGCACCUUCAAAAGCAAAGCUCCACUCAUGGUACUGGAAAAAAUGUUGUGAGCCUUUUUCUUUCUUUUCUGAAAAUUGAGCUUGUGGACAAAAUAGUCUUGAUUGUGUCUUUUUGACAGGUCAGAGAUCGUAUGCUUAGAAAUAUGUUCCUGUAGUGGUUAGGUACUGGUGUGUACAAAAAGGAUAACAUUAAAUAUAUCAGUUUACAUCUGCAUGAAAAUGUAGGUAUUUCUCCUUUUGCUGAGGAUAUUGUGUUACUUUUUCAAAGAAUGCACCUUUUAAAAUUAAUAUCUCAAAAUCUAUGAAAUAAGUUUCAUUUGGACCAUGUCUAAUUAAAAUGAGAAUUUUUCUCCAAAUUGCUCAAAAAUCUUCCUUUCUCAAAAGCCAGAUUUACAUAACAUUUAGGUAUGUGCUUAAAUCCCAUUCUGAACAUGGGUAAACUACUUCUACCCCAUGCACUUUCCACAGAUCUUUCAAACUUUUGGUUUUUUGGCCUCACGUUGGUGAAAUGGUUUUGAAUCUUUUUGUCUUGUCUUCAUGAUAUGCUGACUUAACAGCCGAAAAAAUACUUGUGUAUAAAUAAGAACAAAUACUGACCAAAUACCUCAAAAUGUGUCCAUAUAUUUCAUUUAAAUAAAAAAUUUAAUUAAUCCUGGCUGUGUUUUUUUUUUUCAUUUUCAGUUGCUAACAAAUGGGACAGCACUGUUCGCAUGAGUAAUGACUUUUCAGGAAAGAAUA